AGAGAAACGCCGCUCGCUCGGUUCGCCGCCUGGGUUUUUUCUUCUUUUUCCAGCCCCCUAGUCUCUGUGUGUCCAGUCCAAGUUCAGUUGCUUGCCAAGCUGCCGACCAGGACGGACGUGUUUUUAUCUUUCUCUCUCUCUCUCUGUGUGUAUCGGAGAAAAACCAGAAAAUAAAAAUUCCGACAAUCUUUUUAAACUUGGAAAGAAUUCGGCUCGACAAAUACAAACUUUUACCGCAGAGUGUGUGUAUAUGUGUGUAUGUGUGUAUCUGGUGGUGUUCAGUGGUGUGUUUUGUUGUUGUUGGUGAGCCUGUUUUCAUCUCAUCCAGUGUGUUUGUGUGUCUGUUUUCCAGUGGGUUUCUGUUUCGGAAGAAGAAUAUCUCCCAACGACACAGACUCUCUUUUUGAACGAAAAACACACACACAAAACACACACGCACAGACGGACAUUCGGUGGGUUUUUUAACUCCAUGGGAUACAUUUGAAAGACGAAGAAUUCGCGCGCCUGGCGAAAGUGAGCGAGCGAAAAAAGAGAGAAACAAAAAUCGCGCAUCAUUCAUUUCAAUAUGAACGACAUGAUGGAGACUUGUUUCAGCUCCUCCGGUUCUUGCUGCAGUCGCCUGCGAAAACAAGGAUGCAACGCCUCCAGGAUCACGACCGGAAACACCUCACGCUGCUUGAUGGUCCUUCUCUUCCUAUCGGCAUUCAUCGGCGGAAUGGGAGCGGCUCCAGCGCAACAAGACGAAUCGAUCGCGACGGACGUCUCCGUCCUUUGCAGCGAGUGCCCGGCUGGUACGGGCGUUGCCCGACUCUGCACCAUCAAAGGCCAAGGUGCGAAUCCUUUUGCGGCCGCCCAGAAUGUGACCGAGGACCAAGAUGAAGAAGAAGAAGAAGAGGAAGAAGAAAUGGCGACCAAGUGCGAGCCCUGCGUGAACGGUGCCACGUUCAGCGACUCGGCCAGCCGUCACUCGCCGUGCCGGGCGUGCCGGACGUGCCCGGCCCACAGUCGAGUCAAGCGCGAGUGCAACGCCACUCACGACACCGAGUGCGAGUGCGAUCGCGAUCAUUACCAGGAGAUCAGCUACCAACAACAACAGCAGACGGUGGUCACGAACGAUUUGGUCGACCAAGGCGUCGAUGAGUCGUCGGGAGUAGCCCCGACAACGACGACGCCUCACGCCAGACACCGGCACGGAGCGUCCAUCCAUCAGCUACAGCCACAACAACAACAGCAACAACCGUCCGAACAACAGCCGGUGAUGAGCUGCAAGUCGUGCGAUUUGUGCCCUCACGGCUACGGGGCUGCUCGUGCCUGUUCCUCGACUCACAACACGAUCUGCCGCAAGUGCCCGACGUCGACCUACAGCUCCGUCCUCAGCGCCACUCACGGCUGCUCCGUCUGCACCGUCUGCCGCGACGACCAGGUCACGCUCAACGAGUGCACGCCCAUCCAGGACACUGUCUGCGCAGAUAAAGACAUGGGACAUCCUAGCCGACGUGUCAUCACGAAACCUUUGGAUCCGGUUGUCCACCAACAGGAAGAGGAAUACAACAAUGAAGGCAUCAUCUCCGUCUACUGUGCCAUACUGGGAGCCAUCGUUCUCGGACUGCUCAUCUACGUCGUGAUGAAGCAAUGGCGUCUGAGAAAAGCGGCCAACAAGUUGGCUCACUUUCACGAUCCGGCGAGGGGACAUCACGGCAGUUCGGCGACUGUUCCGCUCAACGGAACAGCUGGCGGACACCACCACCACCAGCACGCCAACAACGAAUUUUGCGGCGGCUCCAAAUCGCCGACUGGCGGCCACAAAUUCGAGUGCGAGAUCUCGCCCAGCUCCAGCAGCCGACGGCUGCAACAGCCGGCCCUGCACGGGCAGGGCGGAUCGGAAGGCGGGUCACGCGGAUCAAGAGGCUCCGACUCGGAAUUCAAUGCCGGAAUUGCGGCGCCCGGUAGCGACGGUUACGGCCGCGAUCUCAAGCCGAUUACUCAAGACACGCGUCUGAGGGAAAUCUGCACGGCCAAGCGGCGUGAGAUGGAGGCCAUGUUGAACGCCCGUCGAGAUCAUCACGACUGGAAAGCGCUGGCCCGCGAUCUCGGUUACACAUCGACCCGCAUCGCCUCGUUCGAACAGCGGGCCAUUGAGAAACAGACGGGACCGACUCGGCAUCUGUUCGGCGACUGGGCCAAGCGCGAGGACUCGACCGUCGAGAAUCUGGUCUCCUCCCUGUGCAACAUUGGCCGGCACGACGUCACCCUGCUCCUAAUGCCGCCGUUCAACCAAGAGAAUCAUCAGCUGACGACGACGAAUAAUACGACGUCAUCGUCGCAUCCAUCCCGUCCGGCUCACACAACGUCCAGCCUGCCGAGAACGACCGCGACAACAGCCCGCUGUUACAAGCCCAUCAGCGUCGUCUAAUCUCUCGUCCUCGAUGUAUAUAAACCAUCCUCUCUCUCCCACACCUAGCUCCUUUAUAAUAUAUGCACAUAAUAUCUGAACAAUGAACAGCUGUACAUACAAAAAAAGUAAACUUCUUUCGAAAUAACUUGACCAAGACAACACCACCGCUCUCUUUUUUUACUUUGGCAGUCAUUUGGUUUUUUUGGUUUUUUGAAAAUUUCGUUUCAAACUUUCAUUUCUUCUUUGAUGUACAUAUUUUUUUAAAUAAUUAUAUAUUAUAUGAAGAAGAUGAUAUGGGUCUGUCAUAAUCUAAGGUUUCCCAGAUGGGGGCGUGCGUCUUGUAUCUGUGGGUGGUUGUGUAAGUUAAAACGGGGCGACAUUCAAAUUUUUGGUUCUUAUUUGGCGCCGUCGCUAUUUAAAAAUAGAAACUGUAACAAACAUCAGAGACUAUAUAUCCCUGAUAUUAUUUUACCCCCACCAUUCAACCCUUUUUAUAUACACAUGCUCUGUCUUCUUGUAUAAUCGUAUUUCCAGCUCAUGUUUCUAUCCGUUUCGUAAUAACGACGUCCCCCCAUUUUAAUUUUAUCGAGUUGAAAAUCAAAGAGUUCUCCUUUCGAAGGAGAUCACGUGAUACGUCCAGCCCCACCCACGAGUAUUAAAAUUAUUAUCAAAAAUCAAGAAGCGAUGAUGAGAAAUUUUCCUUUUUUUUUCUUUCCUUUUUUUUUUCGUUCAGAAAUUAAUGGUGGAAAUAAUGCAAUGUUAGCAUGUCAUUAUAUCGUUAAAUUGGUUAAAGGGAAAAGAAAAAAAGGAAAAAAAGAAGGCCAAUGAGGAAAGAAAACCGUCAAGAAAAUGAGGUCAUUACGAUUUAUGCGACCUUAAAUAGAGCCGACCGCUGUACAUAUUUUUUCUCUCUCUCUCUCUCUCCUUUGCAUGUACAAAACUAUUCGAAAUGUUCGUACACAAACACACAAGACACGUAUAUAACUCGGACAUGUGCAGACGUGUACUUUUUAUAUAGUUAUAGAUAUUAUUAUAUUGUGUGUGAGUGUGUGUGUGACGCUGCUGUAUCUUUUAUAAAUUGCGUGUUUUUAUCUUCUUCUUUCUCUCGAGAAAUAAGGAAGAAAAAAACAAACAACCAAAUUGAGUUACGUGUGUUUGUUUGUUUGUUUUUUGUGCCAGAUAUUGCAUGCCAGAUUCGAAUAAAAACACCCCUGUGAGUUUGACUUGAAAA